AUGACGCACGGUACCUCUCCGGGGACUGGUGACCUACAACAACAUCACGACCAACACCAGAAGCAGACGUGUAGCAAGAAUUGUAGAGGCUAUGCUUCCUCCAACACAUCAACACCACCUGCUACAGAGGGUUGCUGCAUACCUCAGUGGCUUGGCCAUCCUCGAAAGUUGAAGUCUUACGCAGUCUUCGAGCCCUUCCCUAAGAUGGAGUACCGUAAGGUGCAGAAAUUGGCUUCGGCUAUUCAUGGCAAAGUGUAUUUGUAUGAGCACAUCCCCACGGGUAAAGCGGUAGUUGUCAAGAAAAUGUCCAAUGUUAAUGUAAUACAGUUCGACCCAAGGAUAUCGGAGGAUGCUAUAACCGAUAUGGGUGUGUCGAGGUAUCUAGCUACUAUUGUAUCGGGCGAGUUCGUUUCAAAGGCUUUCGGCAUAUACCAGGAUGAAAACUUCACUUACUUCAUAUCAGAGUACUCAUCUGGUGGGGAGCUCUUCGAUCAUGUUGUCAAUGCUAAGCAACUCUCGGAGGCCGUUGCCAAGAGGCAUACCUGGCAAGUAUUAAGGGCGGUGAAGUCACUGCACAGUAAUGGCAUUGUUCAUAGAGAUAUAUCACUUGAGAAUACAUUGUUGCAUGGUGAUGGUUCGGUGAGGGUCAUUGACUUCGGUCAGGCGGUUGUGCUUGAAAAUCCCGAAGGCCCGACGCCCAACACUCCCCUGCUACACUCAGGCUGGGCUGGUAAAGCAUACUAUCGAGCACCCGAGAUGUAUCAUGGUCGCUACUCAGGAGCUUCAGCGGAUCUCUUUGCGGCGGGAGUGAUGCUUUUCAUCAUGAUGGUUGGUAAGCCUCCUUGGAAUCAGGCCAGUGUUGCCGACGCUCGCUACCGGUACGUGGCGGAGUUGGGCGUGGUGAAGUUGCUGACGAGUUGGCAGAGGGCUCAGCUCAUGUCACCACAGCUACUAGAUCUAUUGGAAGGUCUUAUGUGUGUGGAUCCUGAUAAAAGGAUGACGGUUGAUGAGGCUCUGGCCCAUCCCUGGUUCGAUGAUUGCGACUGUCAGGAGCAAUCUUUCCUGCUACAUAGUCCCCGGAGUCUAACCCCGCCCUGA